CACCGUUGGCGCUCCUCCCGCCCGCCCCGCUCUCUCAAAAGUAAACCCCUCCCUCCUCUUCCUCCUGCCCAGAACCCAACGGUCACUCACUCUUCCCCAUCGACCAACCAGCCAGCCAGCCCAGCUACCCACAUUUUCCCAGGCCUUCGUCUGCCACUGCUUCCGAUCGCUCCACACCCGAGACCAAGACGCCAAAAACACCCGCACAGAGACGCUCGAUCACCACGCGCGCGCCAUUUCUUUGCUCCCCCGCGCACGUCUCGAUCGCCGGGUGCGGAGCUUAACCCGGCCGCCGGCCGAGGCACGGAGCGGAAACGACGACACGGCACAGUAGAUCUGCCACGCACGCGCGGCUGCUGGGGCUCGGUGCGAUGGGGAGCGGGGAGGAGGAGAGGGGCGGCGCGAGCGAGGCCGCCUUCACGGACUCGGCCGACGGGAGCAGCUCCAGCUCCGACGCCGCCUCCACCGACGACUGGCCCGCCCUCGCGCUGGCAGCACCCAAGAAGACGCCGGCCUGCGGCGGCGCCCCCGACGCCGAGAUGAGCGGCAAGCAGAAGCGCAGGGCUGGGCCAGAGAUGGAGCUGAUGAAGGAGAGGUUCGCGAAGCUGCUGCUGGGCGAGGACAUGUCCGGGAGCGGCAAGGGCGUCUGCACCGCGCUCGCCAUCGCCAACGCCAUCACUAACCUCUGCGCUACCAUCUUCGGGCAGCUGUGGAGGCUGGAGCCGCUCCAGCCGGAGAAGAAGGCCAUGUGGCGGCGGGAGAUGGACUGGCUGCUCUGCAUCAGCGACCACAUCGUCGAGCUCGUCCCCACCUGGCAGUCGUUCCCCGACGGAACCAGGCUUGAGAUCAUGACAAGCAGGCCACGGUCAGAUUUGUACAUCAAUCUGCCGGCGCUUCGGAAGCUAGACCACAUGCUCCUCGAAAUCCUGGACAGCUUCAGGGACACUGAAUUUUGGUACGUCGACCAAGGGAUAUGCGCGGCGGACUGCGACGGCUCAGCCUCGUUCCGGGCGGCCUUCCACCGCCGCGACGACAAAUGGUGGCUGCCGGUGCCCCGGGUGCCACCCGGGGGCCUCCGCGACAAGACGAGGAAGCAGUUGCAGCACAAGCGCGACUGUGCGAACCAGAUCCUCAAGGCUGCAAUGGCCAUCAACAGCAACGCCUUGGCAGAGAUGGAUGUCCCCGAGUCGUACCUCGACUCCCUGCCAAAGAACGGGAGGGCGACUUUGGGCGACGUGAUAUACCGCUACAUAACGUCGGAUCACUUCUCCCCCGAGUGCCUUCUCGACAGCCUAGACCUGUCGACGGAGUACCAGGCCCUGGAGAUUGCCAGCCGUGUCGAGGCAUCGGUCCACGUGUGGCGCCGCAGGGUGCCCGCGAAACCGGUGAACGGCUUAGGCCGCACCGCCAGCGCAAGGUCGUGGAGCAUGGUGAGAGACAUGCUGAUGGACUCGGAGAAGAGGGAGCUGCUCGCGGAGCGAGCAGAGGGCCUCUUGAUAUGCCUCAAGCAGAGGUUCCCUGCACUGACGCAGACAAGCCUGGACAUGAGCAAAAUUCAGUACAACAAGGAUGUGGGCAAGUCGAUCCUGGAGAGCUAUUCGAGGGUUUUGGAGAGCCUGGCUUCGAACAUCGUGGCGCGCAUCGACGAUCUUCUCAACAUCGACGAGCUGAACAGGCACGUGGAGCAACUGUCGUCGGGUGAAGCCGACCUGAAGAUGGCGUGCGGCAGGGCUGUGGUGCCGCCCUACCAGCAGGUGCCUGCCUCGGGCACGCCGUUCGUGACGGCGUACGCCACGCCGAGCUUCUCCCCGGGGCGGCUGUCGAGCCCGAGGACCUCGGUCGGUGCCGGCAGACGGUCUCAGGGCAGCAGGGCUGCCGCCGCCGCGAAGAAGGCCUUGACGGACCAUCUCAGCCCGUCGGAGGUCAGGGGGAUGAUCAUCGUGAACCGGAGCACGAUGAUCGAUGUCUCGACGACCACGGACCUGUGAGGCUAGGCCAGUGGACGGCUCGUAGAAUUGCUUGUCCCUCUGUGCAUAAGUGUGUCCUUCAUUUGUGCUCACGUUCUUACUGUGUCUUUAACUCUUAGUGCUUAGCUAUGGAGUACCGCUGCUGCUUCUUUUUGCGAGAAGAAGCUGCUAUGUAUCGUUGCUCGCCUUCAAUAGAAGAAUGGAAAAGAAAAACGAAGUGUCCUGCUGUUUGCA